AUGGAGUUUGUAACAGCACUCGUUUUGAUUUUUAUAGCCUGCGGUUGUGGAAUUGCAUGGGCCAUUUUCAAUUGGAUAGCAGUUCAUAAAAUAGAAAUUCAUCACAAACAUGAAGGAUUGACAGAAAAAUUAUAGGGAGCAGAAUAAGAGAAAAUCGAAACACUAUUGGAAAUUGGAGAACAUAUUUCUGAAGGUGCCCAAGCCUUUUUGAAAGAGGAGUACACAGAUUGCAGUGUGUUUAUAGCAAUAAUGGCUGUGGCCUUGAUUUUUGUUUCACCCUGGUCCACAUUGGCCUUCGUUUUGGGAGCAGCUACAUCUAUGCUUUGUGGCUAUUUGGGUAUGGCUAUAGCAACAGCAGCAAAUUUCAGAACAGCAUUUUGUGCCAUUAGAUCCUUAUCAGAUGCCUUUUAGAUGGCCUACAGAGGUGGAUGCGUCAUGGGAUUCCUCUUAGUGUCAAUUUCAUUGUCAAUUCUCUCUCUAAUCAUCAUCAUCUAUAAUUCCGUAUUGGUUGAGGAAGGAGAUCUUGAUACCUUGAUUUCAAUGUUUGAUUAUGUGGCUGCUUAUGGAUUAGGAGGAUCAACAUUUGCAUUAUUUGGUAGAGUUGGUGGAGGUAUCUACACCAAAGCUGCUGACGUCGGAGCUGAUUUAGUAGGAAAAGUCGAAAAGAAUUUACCAGAAGACAGUCCAAAGAAUCCAGCCACCAUUGCAGAUAAUGUGGGAGAUAAUGUAGGAGAUAUUGCAGGUAUGGGAGCAGACUUAUUCGGAUCAUUUGCAGAAUCAACUUGUGCUGCUUUGGUCGUUUCAUCAACUUAACUUAGAGCUAUUGAUGAAGGAGUUCUUAAUAUUUCCAUAGGAUAAUUGAUGUAUCCAUUGAUGGUAUCUGCUUUUGGUAUUGGAAUAUGCAUUUUGGUCUCUGGAUAUGCAGUAUUCAUUCAGAAAGUCACUGAUAUUCAUAAGAUUGAAUCAACUCUCAAAUAAUAACUCUUAUUAUCAACUGUUGCCUUGUCACCAAUCAUUAUCGGCAUUUCUUAUUGGGCUUUACCAGCAGAUUACGUAAUGAUUUAGGCAGAUGGAACAACCUAAUUGGAAAAUCUUAAACCAUGGCACGCAUUUGUUUGCUCUUUGAUGGGAUUGUGGUCAGGAUUGUUGAUUGGUUACUUCACCGAAUAUAUGACAUCACAUUCAUAUACUCCAGUAAGAGAAGUCGCUAAAGCAUGCGGAACAGGAGCAGCUACUAAUAUCAUUUACGGAUUAGCCUUGGGUUAUUUAUCUACCAUUGUUCCAAUCAUUUCCAUAGCCGUCACAGCAUUGUUGUCUAUGAAAUUGUUAUCUUUCUAUGGAGUUGCCUUAGCCGCUCUAGGAAUGUUAUCCAAUUUGACUAUCGGAUUGGCAAUUGAUGCUUAUGGACCAAUUUCUGAUAAUGCAGGAGGUAUUGCAGAAAUGAGUGAAUUGGGAGAAGACGUUAGAACAUCAACUGAUGCUUUAGAUGCAGCUGGUAAUACAACUGCUGCCAUUGGAAAAGGAUUCGCUAUUGGAUCUGCUGCAUUAGUCUCAUUGUCACUUUAUGGAGGUUAUUUGACUAGAAUCUAAACAUACAAAAACAAGGAUGCCAAGAUUGAUGACCCAAUAAUCUUUGCCAUGUUGUUGAUUGGUGCGAUGUUACCAUAUGCAUUCUCUGCCUUCACAAUGAAGUCAGUCGGAAAGGCUGCCUUAUAGAUGGUCGAGGAAGUGAGAAGGUAAUUACACGAGCAUCCAGGAAUUUAUGCCGGAACAGAAGAACCAGAUUUCAGAGCAUGCAUUGCUAUCUCAACCAAGGCUUCAUUAAAGGAGAUGAUUCCACCAGGUCUAUUGGUUAUUGUGACUCCCACAGCUGUUGGAUUAUUCUUCGGACCUCAGGCAGUUGCUGGUCUCUUACCAGGAGCUUUGAUCAGUGGAGUUUAGAUGGCCAUUUCAGCAUCAAACACAGGAGGAGCAUGGGAUAAUGCUAAGAAAUACAUCGAAGCUGGAUUCUAUAAGAACGAUGCAGGAGAAGUGAAGAAGAAGGGAUCAGAUGAACAUAAGGCUGCUGUUAUUGGUGAUACUGUUGGUGAUCCCCUUAAAGAUACAUCAGGACCAUCAUUGAACAUUCUUAUUAAGCUGAUGGCUAUUUUGUCACUAGUUCUUGCUGAAACAUUUUGCAAAACAGGAUGGUUAUAUUCCGAAUGAUGAUCGUCUAAUUUUGUAUUGUACAAAAAUAUAUAAAUUAUUUCAAAC